CUUUUCCCUGCUUCUCCUUCCCUUCUUCCCUCCCCUUCCCUUCCUCCUGCUCCGUCCCUCGGCUCCGAUGGCGGCGAGUGACACGGAAAGGGCCCAGCAGCAGAUUGAUGAAAUUGAAGCCCUUUCAUCGAUCUAUGGUGAUGAUUGGUGCGUUGUUGAUGAAGAUGAAAAAAUCUAUUGCAUUAAGAUUAGUGACUGUCUGGAUCAACCAAAAUGGACCCUCUGUUUGCAGGUGAUUUUGCCACCAGGAUAUCCAACUGCAGAGCCACCUAUUUAUCAACUAAAUGCCCCUUGGCUUCGAGGACAAGAUUAUACAGAACUAGCAAAUAGCUUGGAAGAAAUAUACUUACAGAACCUUGGUGAAAGUAUACUGUAUUUAUGGGUGGAGAAGAUUCGAGAAGUUCUGGUAGAAAAGGCACAGUCUUCAGAUCCAGAACCAGAUAUUAAGAAAACCACUGAAGAAGUUGAUGAAGAUGAUGGAGAUGAUUUUCUCCUGGACUAUCAGCCCACUCAGGAAGAUCAAACUAAAAUGUUAAAUUACAUGACAUCUGAAAGUCACGAAGAUGAAGAACUGCCCCCCAUACAUCAUGGAAACCCAAUCACAGAUCGAAGGAGCACUUUCCAGGCACAUUUGGCUCCGGUGGUGACAACCAGACAAGUUAAAAGAGUUCUUGAAAAACUAUAUGAGAACAAGAAAAUUGCAAGUGCUACCCACAACAUAUAUGCAUACAGAAUAUACUGUGAAGAUAAGCAGACGUUCCUACAGGAUUGUGAAGAUGAUGGAGAGACAGCAGCAGGUGGACGUCUUCUCCAUCUUAUGCAGAUUUUGAACGUGCACAAUGUGUUGGUUGUGGUGUCCCGCUGGUAUGGAGGUAUUCUCCUGGGACCAGAUCGUUUCAAGCAUAUAAACAACUGUGCAAGAAAUGUACUUGUAGAGCACGACUAUGUACCAUCAACGGAAGAAUCAUCUAGACAAGUUGGAAAGAGCAAAAAGUUAAGGAAGGACAACAAAAAGAAAACAGAACACUAAUUUAUUUUUUAAAAACUUUAAAAUAUUAUUUUGCACAUAUUUAUACAAAAAACUCUGGACCUUAUUGCUUUAUCUUAUAGAAUGGACAUGUUGUAUUCAGAAGAGAAUUCAGUAAAGCCAUAGAUAUAUUUU